AUGCUACGUCCAGUUACCUACUUUGAAGACGGGCCAUGGGAGCUUCACAUGCAAAACGUUGACACUCGAUAUAAGCGACUCCAGGAGGACGGAUUGUCUACAUUUGCAGCCUGUCCAGGCCAAAUAACUGUACUCGUUGGAGGGGAACUGAAACUAGAGUUUAUCUCUUACAUUCCCGAUGGUUUCAAUACAUACUAUCUAGAUAUAUAUGGAACAGCACAUGACAGUGGACUCAUUCCGGAAAAAGCAAGUUUGGAGAUGUUUUAUGGGAGGACCUAUUAUGGAGUCCUAUUUUAUUUUAAUGAAUUAUCGGUGACGUUAAAACUGUGGCAGGUCAUAUGUGCUGACCAUAUGAAGUCUUUUAGCUUGGCAUUAGGAACAACAGGAAGAACGAUUUCGGAACAUUUUCAUUCUCUUCCAAACGUUAUAGGCCGUUAUGAGGGUUUUUCAAGUGGAGGUGAUUUCAGGGAAAACUCCCCAGCUAUUGUUAACCUGCGGAUCCACUUGGGCUGUAGACCGCAGAAACUGAAGAUCAACGUUAACGGAUCAUACUUGGCAGAAACGUACAACAUAACGGAAGACGAAAGCACCGGAGAGAAAAUGUUCAGUAAAUCGUUUUCUUUCCCUAAGAUAUCAAUGAUCGAUAAUGGUACCACUGUGUUCCUACACAGCAGCUUCAUUGACGACCAAGGAUUCCCAAGAAACAUCAGCAUUGAACAAACUAUCCGCGUCGUUCCAGGUAUUUAUGUAUGGCCUUUAUUCAUUUGAUUUUGCUCAUUGGUUUGCCGUAAAU